GAGAGAGAGAGAGAGAGAGACAGACUUUAUUUCUGAAAUACUAUUAUGUCAACAAAAAGAAACGUGAAUCUCCCACGUCUUUUGUUUAUGUUUUUUGGGGUCUGUACUAGAUAAUAUAACGUCAUCUAUCGUCAUCUAUUUCUAGGUAAAAGAGCUUUUAGAACGAUGUCGUGUACACUACACGAAAACAGCGUUUCAUACAGAAUUCAUCGAUGAUCAUCAUGGCAGCUCAAUAAUAUCAAUGUGGAUGGGGAUCAGCUGAUGCAAGCUUGACUAAUGUGACCUGCCAGAAAUAACGCUACACUUGAUAUUCAUCUUCAGUUUGACAUAUUCAUCUAACAAAUAACUUGCAUGCAAAAGAGGAGCACUUUGUAUUGUAUCAUAACAGAAUAACGCUAUAUUAUAUUACUUCACAGUGAUCAGACUUGUUCUUAAAUACAUGCGUCUCAUUUAUUUUGCAGGUGAGCCAUCUGAGGUGUAUCAACUGAUGGCACUGUUUGAUGUUUAACAUUCACUAAGGCACCAGGAUGCUUGAAUUCUGAACACUGCUGCAAAUCAAAACAGCCCACGUCCAUUCCUCUAACAAACUCUGCUGCUGAUGGACUGAUGAGAGAAUUAAGGAAUCAGAUCUGGUCACCGUAGCCAACAGAUCCAGUCUGUAUCCAGAUCAGAGGGUCACUGCGGUCACCCGGAUCCAGUACGUAUCCAGACCAGAUGGUGGAUCAGCACCUAGAAAGGACCUCUAAAGCCCUGAAAGACACCGGAGACCAGGACAACUAGAGCCCCAGAUACAGAUCCCCUGUAAAGACCUUGUAUCAGACGACCACCGGGACAAGAUCACAAAAAACAGAUGAUUCUUCUGCACAAUCUUACUUUGCUUCAGCCUGGAACUGAACUGCUGGUUUCGUCUAGUCAGUGGAGAACUGGCCCCCCAUCUGAGUCUGGUUUCUCCCAAGGUUUUUUUUUUCCAUUCUGUCACCGAUGGAGUUUUGGUUCCUUGCCGCUGUUGCCUCUGGCUUACUUAGUUGGGGUCACUUUGGAGUAUCCCUUUCUAGAGGUAUCACAGGUGCAAAAAAACUACAACAAAAAAACAAUUGCUUUCAAGCUCCACCUCUAGUUAACCUGUUGCUAAAUAUGAGAGAGAGGUUUUUCAACAGGGAAUAUGUGAAGCUGCAAGAUCAUAGCUGCACUCCUCAGAAUGGCUACUAAAAACAUUUGGCAAAGUUUGGCUCAAGAUUGUGGUCUAUUUAAGCGUCACAUGAAAAAGACAUUUAUUCUGCUGCUUACAUUAGCAUUUUUAUUGUCUGCUGUUGCUUAUGUCUUUGAGACCACUACAUUCUCUCAAACCUGGUUGAAUAAAGUCAUGAAUCGGACUCAUUAUAAGGUAAUUAAAAGCACUUCGGCUGAUCGUAAUCAAAAGGAUUUAUUAGCACCUUUGCCCAAUCAGUAUAUCCAACCAAGAGGUACAACUAUCUAUCAUCAUGUGGCUCAUCCAAGCAACUAUCAUUUCAUCCUGGAUGAACCUGAUAAAUGUAAGCAGGAUCCAUUCCUGGUCUUGAUGGUCCCUGUGGCCCCCCAUGAGGUCAAUGCUCGUAACGCCAUCCGCAGCACAUGGGGGACUGAGAGCUCAGUGCAGGGAAAAGCAGUGCUGACUCUGUUCAUGGUGGGUUUGACUGGAGGAGCUGAAGCUCAACAUCAGCUGGAGGAAGAGAGUCGGCAACACAGAGAUUUACUGCAGAGCAACUUCGUGGACUCCUACUUCAAUCUGACCAUAAAGACCAUGGUGAUCAUGGACUGGCUGGCCACCCAUUGCCCUCAAGCAGCUUAUGCUAUGAAGGUUGAUUCUGAUAUGUACAUAAACCUGGAGAACCUGAUGAACCUCUUAUUGUCACCCAACACACCCAGACAGAACUACAUCACAGGGUAUUUGAUGAGGAAUGAGGUUGUUGUCCGAAACAAAAACUCCAAAUGGUAUGUGGCAGAGGAAUUGUACCCUGAACCGACAUACCCCACAUACCUACUGGGAAUGGGCUAUGUUUUCUCCAAUGACCUGCCAAAAAAAUUAGUUCAGGCUUCCAAGAAAGUAAAGCCCUUUAACAUAGAAGAUGCAUAUGUGGGCGCUUGUCUGAAACAGUUGGGCGUUGCACCCUCAUCUCCCCCAAACCCUUCACAAUUUAAACUCUUUCUGGGACAAGAUAAUCGAGAAGAUUUUCUCAGAGUUAUCGCAACAAUCCUGAGAUCCCCACAGGAGCUAAUAAAGAUUUGGAAGGACUUAAAGGGGCUCACAUAAAAGUACUGGAGCACAAUAAAAAAAGAUUUAAAAGAGAAGUCUAUUUAAGGCCUCAGUCAGUGAACAUUUUGUAAAUGUCUGAAAGCUGAGAUUGGGUCUAUGACAUACACAUGUGGACAUGGUGACUCUAUUUAGACGGGGCAAGGGGAUCGUCUGAGGAGCCACUCAUGCAAAAUGCACUCCUGGGGAAGAACUUCUUGAGACAUGUUUAACUUCUUUUACCAUGAAACAGGGUUUUAAAAACACAGCACUCCACCUGAGGCACAAAUAUCAAAGAAAUCAGCAAUGUUUGUUUACAAAGAAAAAUAAAAGAACAAAAAUGGUUUUGUAAUAUUACAAUAACCUUUCACAGUCUCUAUUACAACUUUUCAGAUGAAAUGUAUAGUUUUCUGAAAUGAACACAAAAGUAUAGACUGUAUGUAAACAUACACAAAGAUGAAUUCCACAUAAUAAUAAUUAUAACUGAAAGGUUAAACAGUGUUUGAAAAGCAAAAGUAUUUUUCCGUAAAUCUCUUUUGGGGCAGGUUGUCAACUGGUGUUAUAUUUACCUUGUAUGUUGAUAACUGUAAACUAAUUAAUUUACCAUUUCUGUGGGCAAGAACAAAGGAUGGAUUUAUGUGCAUUGUUUUUCUUUUUUAUUGAUUUGUGAGUUAUUAUGUGUUUCAUAACUUAAUUAUUCUUUUAGUAUUGCUGAAGAAAAAAAAAGUUUUCCUAGAUCAAUGCUCAAUGUUCUGUCAAAUUUUCAACUCAAAUGUGCCUCCCCAGUCUAAAAAGAGUAGGCUUAUUUAUUGAACCUGCAGAUUCAUAAUUUCUAUUUCUUCUUCUUUUUUUUUAAUGUAUACAUCUGUUUUUGUUUGUGAACUGUGUGUUUCAUUUUACUUAUAAGGUUCAUAUUCUUCAACUGUGAUCUCAGUAACUAGUAAUUUUGGACAGAAACACUUCCUGUUGGAAAGGGCGGCAGGCCAACACAUCACCCUUGUUCCAUCCAAAAAAAAAAAAAAAAAAAAGAAAAUCAUCUCUCCAUUGGAGGAAUAAGGAAAUUAACUCUGUGACCAACAAAAGUUUAUGAUUCUUGGAUAUUUUAUCAAUAUAAACUUUACAAAUCAAUGCAAGCUUUAUGAAUUUUUAAGCCAUAUAUAUAAUCACUAGAUAAUGUAAGAUAAUGUAUAUACAGUAGCUCUAUCAAGUGGCCACACAGUAACACAAUAUUCUAUGGGCCUCUUUUUUGACUCUAGCAUAGAUGAAUUACACAAUUAUAUAGGAAUAUGUCCUGCAUUGUUACGUCUCCAGAAUUCUGUGUUCGUUUUACAGUCAUUUUUUUUCUGGUACUGCUUGUGGGCUCUUUAAAAAACUCCGUUUUGGAUCAGUUUGGUCUCUCUGUUCCUGUUUUUGGUUUGGUUUGUACCCUGUGUAUGUGUGUGUGUGUGUGUGUGUGUGUGUGUGUGUGUGUGUGAGUGACACAGCAAAUGUUUUGAUCGAAACAUUUGAGAAUAGUUAUAAACUAUUUCUGUGUGUUAGUAAACCUAACUUGCUCCAUUUUUUUUUGGAACUUGUAGUAGCAGGACAGAGUGCUUGUGUAUUUGUGGAUUCUUUUAAUUUGUAUGAAUUAUUUUUGUUUCCUUUUCUCUCUGUUGUUUAUAGGGAGUUGGGGAGUAGAUUUAAAGGGUUAGUUCAUCCAAAAAUGAAAAUUAUGUCAUUAAUAACUCACCCUUAUGCUGUUCCAAACAUGUAAGACCUCAAUUUAUCUUCAGAACACAGUUUAAGAUAUUUUAGAUUUAGUCCGAGAGCUCUCAGUCCCUCCACUGAAACUGUGUGUACAGUAUACUGUCCAUGUCCAGAAAGGAAAGAAAAACAUCAUCAAAGUAGUCCAUGUGACAUCAGAGGGUCCGUUGGAAUUUUUUGAAGCAUCUAAAAUACAUUUUGGUCCAAAAUUUGCAAAAACAACGACUUUAUUCAGUAUUGUCUUCUCUUCCGUGUCUUUUGUGAGAGAGAGUUCAAAUCAAAGCAGUCUGGAUAUCCGGUUCGCGAACGAAUCAUUAAGUUCACCAAAUCGAACUGAAUCGUUUUAAAUGAUUCACAUCUCUAAUACGCAUUAAUCCACAAAUGACUUAAGCUGUUCACUUUUUUAAUGUGGCUGACACUCCCUCUGACUUCAAACAAACCAAUAUAAGAGCCGUUUAUGUCAGACGCGUACGAUUCGUGAACGAGGAGCUGAUGAUACUGCGCAUGUGUGAUUCAGUGUGAAGCAGACCGACACACUGGUCUGAACUGAAGUGAUUAUUUUGGUGAUUGAUUCUGAACUGAUUCUGUGCUAGUGUUAUGAGCACGGGUAAACCGAAGGCUUGAAUCAAGGGCAAUCAUCGCAAAUGACGCCAUUACGUCGAGAGCAAAAGAACCGGUGAACCGUUUUCUUCAACCGGUUUAUUGAAUCGAACUGUCCGAAAGAACUACCAGUGAUCCGAAAACCGAUGCAACCGGUUAUUCACUCAUGAACGAGUCAGUCUAUUGUUCGUUUUCUGGCUCAGCUCGGUGUUCAUCUGCUUUGAUUUGAACUCUCUCUCACAACAGACAUGGAAGAGAAGACAAUGCUGAAUAAAGUCGUAGUUUUUGCUAUUUUUGGACCAAAAUGUAUUUCCGAUGCUUCAAAAAAUUCCAACGGACCCUCUGAUGUCACAUGGACUACUUUGAUCAUGUUUUUCUUAACUUUCUGGACAUGGACAGUAUACCGUACACACAGCUUCAAUGGAGGGACUGAGAGCUCUCGGACUAAAUCUAAAAUAUCUUAAACUGUGUUCCGAAGAUAAAAGGAGGUCUUACAUGUUUGGAACAGCAUAAGGGUGAGUUAUUAAUGAAAUCAUUUUCAUUUUUGGAUGAACUAACCCUUUAAGUUUUAAGUCAGCUGUAAGUUUGGUUAGGGCGCAUUGACCGUGUGCCAGAUAGGGAUUGUAUUUAUUUAUUUUAUUUGUGAUUAGUAUAGGUUAGGGGUGGGGUCCUUUUUGUUUAUUUCUUUGCUUUGGUCCGUCCAGCCAUCCCUUUUUCCCAGAAAAUUAUUGUUUAUUACUUACAAUUUAUUAUUAUAAUGGUUGCAUUUUAUUUUACAAUACGUGUGCUAACAUGUACUUAUAGUGUACUUACAGUGUAUUUAUCUAAGAAAGUUCUGGUAACACAAGGUAUCUACAUGGGGUAGGGUUAGGUUUAGGGGUAGGUUCAGGAUUAGUACCUAGUUAUUAAAUAUUUAUUUUAAUUACUAUAAUAAGUACAUAGUAUGUACAUGAGGAACAGGACUGUAAAAUAAAGUGCUACCAUUAUUAUUUACAAUAUUACCGUGGCUAAUUAAAAGCUUUGUUUUUAUAUGGUA